AGCUCUAAAGGCUUCCUGGAUAAGUUUAUAAACGCGACCUCGUGUUGGGUGUUCAAACCCGCGCGCGUAUUCAAAUCGGCGGUGUGUUCCAGUCGUGUUGUGAUUGGCUGGGAGACAACUAGGGGGGAGGACCCGGCACUCAGUAGUCCUACAGGCGGUACGGCCACCGCAAACAGCCCCUCACCGCUGUUCACUCGCUGUUUGGGGAUCGAGUCUUGCGGUUUGGCAGACGACCAAGGCAGCGAGAGACCAGCUGGUUUCUUCCCCGGAGUUUUGGCACCCGCGUAGACACCGCGGCGAGCGAGAGACGCCGGCCGGCCAGCAUGGACCCACGUGCCGCGGAAUCCGGACGGAACGCGCGGUGACCAGGGGAAUAUUAAAUACACGAGCACGGGAAAAAAUAUACACACCCGCCGGAGAAAAGGCCGUGGCGUUACGAUAAUAAUUUACAUGUGGCGGGCGAGUCGGACCUGUGAGCGGCUCGGGACACAUCGCACCUACCCCCGAAGGAUUUUGUAGCUCUCACCGGUGGAACUGAACGCGCAUUCAGCAUGGUGUCGGCGACGUUGCUGUAUUCAUUCGUGUGGAUUUUCACCGGAAUACUCGCUGCUGCACAGGAUUACAACCAGGGAAAGGACAGACUGGAAGGGGCGUACGAGGGGACGACUUUAGCGAGACACCCUCAGGAGUUCAUGCCGCCCGAAGAUUUUGAAAUCGUGGCACCACACUUGCUCGACCUCAAUGGGAAUUACCUCUCGCAUGAUUGGCAUGGCCGACGCCCACCCGGAUGGACCAAUCAGGACCAAGCUUUCCACGUGAAGCUACGCGGGCAUGGUCAAGACUUCCACGUGGAGCUACAGCCCAACCACAGACUUCUCGCGCCCGGAUUCGCCGUCCACCGCCGACGGAACAAGGCCACGAAAGUCGAAAAAUACGACCAAUCGAGACAUUGCCACUUCCACGGAAGGCUCCUUUCUCACGGAAACUCGUCUGCGGCAAUAAGCACAUGCGGAGGCCUGAAAGGAGUCUUGAGAACCCCCGAGCAGGACUACUUCAUCGAGCCCCUCCACCCCGACAUGGCCAGGAGAAAAAACGUCACCACCCCUGGGGGCACUCCCCACCCCCACGUGCUGUACAAGCGCUCCACCUCCCGACCCCCCAAACCCAGCAAGCUCCACAAGCACCACCGCAGGGGGCACCGCCAGCACUACUGUGGCAGGAAGAAGAAAUAUUAUCCGAAGCCCGUGGAAGAGCCAAUCCUCCUCUCUGAUGAGUACAUCCAUGCCGAGAGGGGCAAACGGUCGCUGUACCGCCUGGAGAAGCUGAAUCAGGAGUUCAACGUGGAGACGCUCGUGGUCAUAGACAAGAAGAUGUUGGAGAAACACGGCAACGAGAACAUCACCACCUACGUGCUGACCAUCCUCAACAUGGUGUCGUCUCUCUACAAGGAUGGAACGAUCGGGAGCAGCAUCAACAUCGUGCUGGUCGGCCUGCUCAUGCUGGAUGGAGAGGAGGAUGGGCUAAACAUCAACCACCACGCUGACCAAUCGCUGAACAGCUUCUGCCAGUGGCAGUCGUCCCUGGACAUCAUCAACGGCACGCGGCACGACCACGCCAUCCUGCUGACGGGACUCGACAUAUGCUCGUGGAAAAAUGCUCCCUGCGACACCCUAGGUUUUGCCCCGAUCAGCGGGAUGUGCAGUAAAUACCGCAGCUGUACGAUUAACGAGGACUCCGGCCUGGGUCUGGCCUUCACCAUCGCUCACGAGUCGGGACACAAUUUCGGCAUGGUGCAUGACGGAGAGGGGAACGUGUGCAGUAAGCGGGACGGAAACAUCAUGUCACCGACUCUGCAGGGGGUCAACGGGAUGUUCUCCUGGUCGUCAUGCAGUCGAGACUACCUACGCAAGUUCCUCGUUACUGCCCAGUCCACCUGUCUUAACGACCCUCCCAAGGCCGUGGCGGAGUUCAAGUUCCCAGAGAAACUCCCCGGGGAGCUGUACAAUGCCGACCUGCAAUGCAAGUGGCAGUUCGGGAACAGCGCGCAGCUCUGCAUGUUCGACUUUGGCAAGGAUAUCUGCAAGGGUCUGUGGUGCCACCGCGGGGGCCGGCGCUGUGAGACCAAGUUUCUGCCUGCCGCGGAGGGGACGUCCUGUGGCCCAAACAAGUGGUGCAGGAUGGGCCAGUGUGUGGACUACGGGGACGAUGGCCCGCCGGCGGUGGACGGGGGCUGGUCGCCGUUCUCGGAGUGGGCGCCCUGCUCGCGGACCUGCGGAGGCGGCAUCACCUACAAGGAGCGCGACUGCAAUAACCCCAGACCGCAGUAUGGUGGCGCAUACUGUGUCGGGGAGAGCAAAAUCUACCGCAUGUGCAAUAUCCAGGACUGUCCCAAGGACACUCGUGACUUCCGUUCGCAGCAGUGCGCAGAGUUCAACAGCAAGCCGUUCCGCGGAUGGUACUACAAGUGGAAGCCCUACACCAGAGUGGAAGAAUCUGACCAGUGCAAGCUGUACUGCAUUGCUGAAGACUUUGACUUCUUCUACGCCCUUGCCAGCAAGGUCAAGGAUGGAACGCGGUGCGUGGAGGAGGGCGAUCGUCUCGACGUGUGCGUGGAUGGAGCUUGUGAGAAAGUGGGCUGCGACCACGUGCUUGGUUCGGACGCGACUCACGACAGCUGUGGCGUCUGUAACGGAGACAACUCCACCUGCGACUUCGUCUACGGAGAGUUCCACGACAUGCCCGAAGACAACAAGUACUUCCCGAUCGUGACGAUCCCUCCAGGCGCCCGCAGCGUGCGAGUUGAGGAACUCAACAUCUCCUCCAGCUACCUGGCCAUCCGCGACCUCGAGGGGAAGUACUACCUCACCGGGGACUGGACCGUGGACUGGCCGGGCGAGUUCGACAUCGGCGGGACCACCUUCCUGUACAGCAGGCCGUACAACGAGCCUGAGAUGCUCACUGCGAAGGGGCCCACCAAGAAGGCAGUUGUCAUCGAGCUGCUGGUGCAAGGUGAGAACAAGGGCGUGGCGUACACCUACACGGUUCCGAAGCCGGCGAACGAGACGGAGAAGGAACCGGUGCCGAGCUACUACACCUGGAGCGCCGUGACGUCGCAGUGUUCCGCAUCGUGCGGGGGAGGUACCCUUGUUACUACAGCCCAGUGCCUGUGGGACCUGUCACGACAAGUGGACGACUCGUUCUGUGACCAGACCACCAAGCCGAGCACAGGGACCCACCAGUGCAACAUGGACCCCUGCCCUCCACGCUGGAUUGCGGGAGAGUGGGGGACGUGCUCUAAGUCGUGCGGAGGAGGGAAGCAGGCCCGUCCGGUCAACUGCACGCGGAAAACAUCCUCGCAGGAACAGGAACCGGUCGACCCAACCGGCUGCAAGAACCAGCCGAAACCGUACAGCGAGCGGAACUGCAACAUGCAGGAGUGCCCACCGCAAUGGGUGGCUGGGGACUGGAGCGAGUGUUCUAAGAAGUGCGGGCACGGGUUCCAGACACGAGAGGUGGAGUGCAAGAGCAGGCGGCAGGACCAGUCUUACGUCAUCAUGCCAGACUCCCUCUGCAAGUACCAGAUGAAGCCCAAGAUCCGCCAGCACUGCUCCAAGAAGUGUUCCCGCAAGAUGAUGUGGUUCAUCUCUGCCUGGAGCCAGUGCUCGGUAUCUUGUGGCGAGGGAGUUCGCAAACGCUUGCUCAAGUGCGCCACCAAGGACUCGAACGGCUGGUACCGGCAGUUCCCCGAACGGCGCUGCUCGCACUUGAAGCGGCCGCCUGUGCAGCUCGAGGAAAAGUGCGUGAAGCCAAAGUGUCCGAAGAACCGGACGCAGGAGUCCUUGCCGAAGUGGUACACUGGGAAGUGGUCGACGUGUUCGAAGGAGUGCGGCGGGGGCCUUCAGCAGAGACUCGUGCACUGCAUCGAUGCCAGCCGCGGAAGCCGAGCCAACGGCUGUCCUGACAAGUCCAAACCUCCCACCUCCAGGCAGUGCAACCUGGACCCCUGUCCUGAGGAGGAAGACGAGAGCUCCUGCCAGGAUGCGUUCCGCUGGUGCCACCUGGUGCCCCAGCACAACGUGUGCGACCACAGCUUUUACGGGCAGAAGUGCUGCAAGUCCUGCCGAAAACACAAGCAGGAGCAGGCCAGCUGACGUGUAGAGACUCAAUAGCGCUGUGCUGGUGUUGGCUGGGAUCUACCUAACUGGACUUACAACCAUAACUGUACAUGAAACAACAGAAAACUUCAUAAUUCUCAAGGAAACACAAGCAGGAUCAGGCUAGCUGACGCAGCAGUGGCGGCGUAGAGACUCGAUAGCAUGUGCUGGUGUAGGUACUCUCUGUUUGGACUUACUUCAACCUACAACCUACAACCUCCAACCUACAGAAUACUUCAUAAUUCACAAGGAAACACAAGCAGGAACAGGUUAGCUGACACAGCAGUGGCAGUGUAGGGACUCAAUAGCACUGUGCUGGUGAUGGCUGGGACCUAGCUACGUGUACAACCGAAAACAGUACAGGAAACUUCAAAGCUGUGGGUCUGUAUGACAGGAGCAAUAUCAACAGCUGAUAAGAGGAGAGGAAAAUUUGCAACCAACCAUGGAUUUACAAACAAGCUGUCAUUGAAGGGCAACUGUCAAUGCUGACUAUCCAACAGUAGAAGAGGCGAAUCUCUCUGCAAGGAGGAUGGGACAGCUUUGCAACAACAAAAACUGGAUGUACAAGCUAGAGAAAGGCCUUCAGUAUGGAUGCCUAAUCUAUGCCAAAGUUCCCAAACAACUUAAGCAUCAUCAACUGUAGCACAGGUGCUGAAGAUACGUGCUAUUUCUUAGUGGUGGACAGAAAACAUACAAACAUUGGGACAGCCAAACAAGCUCCUUGCAAAUGUCAUCUGCAAGACUCAGCACAGUGCUGUUAUUGUUGUUAUCAGUAGAUUUUUUUAAUGACUUGUUUUUGAAAGGCAGUGAAAGAAUCAGACAAUGAGGAUGUAGAUUUUUACAAGGACGAUUUCGGAGGACGUUCUCCUUGACUUGUAACUUAAGAAUUCCAACGUUUUGCUGCUGAACCAAGAAAAUUCCAAGUGGGACUUGAAGAAAGAUGUCGAAGGACUUGAAAUCAGUUUCUGGACUUGCCAUAGCCUGCUCGGUGGUGUUGAACUGGGGAAUAUCAUCCAGCGUGUGAAACAAUCGAAACUGGAUGCAAGACCAAACCUAUGCAAGGUUGUGGCACACGGUGUAGGGACCAUAAACUGGUAUGGGACCACUCACUCACUACGCAAUGAACGAUCCUGAGAGGAUUCAGACAAACGCGGGGAAAAUAUUGCUUUCUAUUUAGCAAGAGACCCUUUGAAUUUCGUUUAGAUCGACUUUUGUGGCAAGGAAUUACUCGAGCAGUAGCCUAGACAGAGCUGGCCAAGGAAGUCAAGAAACGACGGCUUCUUGAAGACUUGCCGAAGUAUGAACUGAUCUCUCACAUCUAGAGAAAGAUAGAUGUAAGAAAUAUUACAUCUGAGAACUGUUAUCAAUGACUUAUUAUAUAAGUAGCACUGUAAAAUACUGGGAUAAAUAUUGUACAGAGGGCGUCGAACUCUCUGAAAUUCAAAGGAAGUUUCCUUUCUGCCUGAUUUUUGGCAUUUUACAUGGAAAUAUUGUCUACCUUGAUCAUUUGUAUUUAUUGUGCCAGAGAAGUUAUAUUUUCAUAUAUUAUAUAGAAUUGUGGAUAUUAAAGCUUGCGAGGCAGACAGCUACCGAAACGUUUGUUGUUCAGUACUGUGACGGUAACUUGACCAGAGGAAUUUUAUUUCGACACAGGCCAGAAAAGCAGUGAAUCAUGAUAAUAGAAAAGAACACACGAAACAAUUAAACUUCUGAAAAGAUGUACCCACAUUUUGGACUAUCAAACUCCACUUCUCAAGGAAUGAGGCCCAAG